CUAGAUGGGCGCGUGCCGCGGCCGGAGUCCUUCACUCUGCCGCCGCCGAGGUCAGCUGGAGGAGCGGGAGAAGCACCGGUAACCAGCGGAGGAACCGACCGGAGGACAGCUCCAGACUCACCGGUUAAACCCUCGCAUGCCCCUCACUCCUGUCGCCCUCUUCAGCUCCAGCAGGAUGGAGACGUGGACGACAGACCUGCAAAGACAUGGAUAGACCGCCACGAUGACACAGGAGACCCUCACGUGCUCGCAGCUGUCUGUCAAGGACGCUGCCCUGCGCAUGGUGAACCUACCGAUGUCCGUUUGCAGCUCCCUGGCUCAGGUGAGUGUCAGCACAGGAACUAAGAAGCUGGUGGCCGCCACUGCGUUCGGUGCCUUCUCGCUCCUCUUCCUCGCACGGCGCUUCCAGAGGAGGAAGGGUAGAAAGAAGGCUCUCUCGCCUGAGUGGGAGAAAGCUGGGUUCGAGUUCUUCUCCCCAGCGGCGACAGGGAACGAUAACACCAGUCAAAACAUCACCCUCUCCCUCAACUCCAAGAAUGCCUACUCCUCUGGUCUGGUGCUCGGCUCCGGAGACUACAGGAAGCUGUCUGGGUCCCUGCUCAGCUUGGCCUCGGUGAAAAGCAUGAACUCGUCGAGCAGCAGCACCUGUGCAAAUGAAUCCAUCGGCUGGGACAGAGUGGCAGAGGCCGACAUCUGCAGUGUCGUCAACUUACCCCUCACCACCCCUGAGAACCUCUACCUUAUGGGUAUGGAUUUGUUCGAAGAGGCUCUGGGGCGGUGGGAGGAGGCGUUGACGUUCAGGACCAGGCAGACCGAGGACGAGGACGACCACGAGAGUUGUGCUUCGGUCAAAGCGGGGGCUGGAGACGACAUCGCCGAGCAGAGCAUGGAGGAUGUGAUCAGUGCAGAGUUCGUCCACCGGCUGAAGUCUCUGCUGCAGAGAGCCUACAACCUCCAGGAGGAGUUUGAGGGAGUGCUGGGAAUGUCCGAGCCGUCAAUCCACAGCAACAGCCAGGAUAAAAUGGCCGACGUUUUGUGCCGAGAGGAGCUGGACGAGGUGUGUCUCAGAGACAGUCUCAGCAUCGCCUCCAACGACUCCUUCGUCUCUGCUGUGGAGCAGACGGAGCACAGGGAGCUGAGGAGCGUCCUCUCUCUGGGACACCAGUCGUUCUACGACGAGGCUGUGGAGAUGGCUGAGGACGGACAGAUCUCCUGCAGAGUGCUACGGACUGAGAUGCUGGAGUGUCUUGGGGACAUUGAUUUCUUGGCCAAGUUGCACUGUGUGCGGCAGGCGUGUCAGCUCAUUUUGUGCGAGAGGAAGACCAGGAUGUUUCUGACCGACACAGGAAAGAAGAUCCUGUCGUCCAUCAUCGUUAAAGGACACAAGAGCCCCAGGAGAUUUGAGGAAGUGUUUGAAGAGAUGAUUUGCUUCCUGGAGCAUCCGGAGCACUGGGAGAACACGGAGGUGGAGCUGGCCACGCGAGGAGUGAAACAUUUGAACUUCUACGAUAUCGUGCUGGACUUCAUCCUGAUGGAUUCGUUUGAGGACCUGGAGAAUCCACCGGUCUCCAUCCAGAACGUUGUCAACAACCGCUGGCUCAACAGCUCCUUCAAGGAAACCGCGGUGGCCUCCAGCUGUUGGUCAGUGCUGAAGCAGAAGAGGCAGCACAUGAAGGUUCCCGACGGCUUCAUCGCUCAUUUCUACGCAGUGUGUGAACAGAUCAGCCCGGUCCUGGCCUGGGGCUUCCUGGGUCCCAAGAGCUCCCUGCACGACUUCUGCUGCUUCUUCAAGGACCAGGUGCUGCACUUCCUGAAGGAAAUUUUCGACCUGGACAACGUGCGAUACUCGUCCGUGGAGAGUCUGGCCGAGGACAUGCUCCACCUGCUGCACCGCCGCUCCGAGCUGCUGCUGGCCUACCUGGGCACCGACCCGCUGCGGCACGUCAGCAGUUCCCCGCAGGUGCAGCUGCUGCCCAGCGCUCUGCUGGGGGCGGGGCUUCAGUGAGAGACGGGAGGAGGUUCAGACGCAGGUCCUCAAAGAACACACAAGAAAACCACAGCAUUUAUCAUCCGCCCCAGUCGGAGCAGAGCAAACUGUCGGUGUGGAAACAACACAUCAGAGGGUCAGAGCCCGACAGGCUCAUGGCUUCACCCUCUGACCUCACCUCCACCCAUCUGGUGAAACUAAAUGUCUACUAUAGAAUAUGAACGUUAAACCCAUUUCCCAUCAAACCUUGUGCUCUCAUCGCUCUGUGUCAGAGGAUCUUCAUAAACUGAACCAGCCGUCGGCCUUCACACACGAUCAUUACCUCAGCACGCCCCCCCUCCCCCAGCCCCUCCCCACUGUGCACAUCCGUUUUAAAUUUCACAGCAAUAAUAUUUAGAAUUUAACUCGGCAGUGGUUCUCCUGCAGUAGAUAUAACUCUGUGAAUUAAGGUGUAUUUGCUGCUAUUAAGAGCAAUUUAUGUGAAAAAAUUAAAAAAAGGUAUUUAUUUUGUUAAACAGCUAAAUGACGCAGGGUUUAUUUUGUAGAAGUUGUAGUAGUGCCUGUACGUGUCAAUGGAGUUUGUGAUCAGCUUCAAACAUGCAGUGGUUUGAAUAUCAUGAACCUCAUGAGAUAUUUAUUAGAUGUAUUUCCACAUCUGAACAUCAGCAACGAGAAACUACUAAAUGCACUUUGCGUUUUUUGGUUACAAGCACAUGCUGCCCAGGGAAGUAACUUAUAAAGGGAAACAGUUUGAGAGUCGACCAGAGAACUUUGUCAGAUAUGAGAGGAUAUUGUUUUGUUGCACCACCUAAAUGAGUCCCAGGUACAGGAAGUCCAAGCUUAAACAUCACUGUUUCAUAAACGCCCAGCUGUCUAUCAGCCGGUGUCCCUCAGCUCCUCACGACGGGCAAACACAAGAAGCCUUACUGUCACAUUCACAUCUUCAAGCCUUCAUCUGUCACUGAAUGUUCAUCUGACCAGUUCAUUCUCCAGUAAGUCUGCGCUUAAUAUAUCACAUCCAGUCCUGCCUCUAAAAAAUAAAUUAGUUUUUUGUUCUUCUUAAAUCGUGUUUUCAGUUGAGAGCUUUGUGUCUAUGGACAGAUGAAAUAAUCUCACUUGAUAAAAUUAAUUCUCAUGUUUCAGAUUUUCAUGUGAAUAUUGUUUUGUCGAUCUUUGAUGGGAACUGAAUCUGAAAUACUUUAUUUGCUAAAACAAAUGAUUGGGACAAUUAUCAGCAAACAAAUACGAUCAUAGGUGGAACUAGUUUCCUCAUCAGUUUGAUUCAGAAACUAAAUCUAAGAUUUGGACCAUGAAGUAUUUGAACUAUGAAGAAAUGGGACUGUUACUCAUUGAACUGUGUAAUGUACUUAACAGUCAAGCUGCUCUGUCAAACAUCACAUGGCUUCACUUUAGGAGAGACUCUUUAGAGUUAAUUGAUCCCGUGUGUAAUUUGAAUCACGAGGAAACAAGUCAGUGUCCAUGUGAUUUAAAAACAGGUCGUUCAUCUCUUCAGGAAAUCAAGUGAAACAUUUGUGACUUCACCUCAAACAAAAGAAUCUAAUAAAGAUGUUCAUGUGUUAAA